AUGAAGGCCACCUGUGCAACAUUUGGAAACAUACUAGUAUUAGCAGUUAUAUUACGAGAAAGAAAACUGCGGACAAAGCCUCAUAACGUGUUGAUUGUCAACUUGGCAAUUGCUGACUUGGGUAUUUCAUUCUUUGGGUAUCCUCUCACCACCAUCUCCGGGUUUUAUGGUCGGUGGAUGUUCUCGCAGUUAGCUUGUUCUGUAACCGGUUUCUUUAGUUUCUUCCUGUCCAUGGGAAGUAUGAAUACCCUGAUGUGUGUCAGUGUCUAUAGAUACAUUAUGGUGUGUGAUUCCGGUAAACAAAAAUAUCUCAGUUUAGCUAACACCAAAUACGUCAUUGUCGGAAUAUGGUCGCAUGCCUUAUUUUGGACUGGAUUACCAUUGCUCGGAUGGGGUGGAUACCAUUUGGAACCUUUCGGUACAUCGUGUAGUUUAGAUUGGGCCAACAGAGCAUACAGUAAUAUAACCUAUCUGCUAUGCACUAUCGUAGUUUGUUAUUUAAUUCAUGUCAUUAUAAUUGGAAAGUGUUAUUAUAAAAUAGUUAUAACAACUAAAAAAUUACAAUUGUGGGAAAACAGCAGUAACAGAAAUCUACAAACUAUGAGUGAUGUGUUAUGGGUUCAUAGAGUGACAACAGAUAAACAAGUGACAAUUAUGUGUUUUGCAUUAGUAGCGACAUUUUUAAUUAUAUGGACACCAUAUGCCAUAGUCUGCUUGCUUUACGUCAUUUUACCUGACAUUCCCGUCGCCUUGACAACCAUACCUACGAUGUUUUGUAAGGCUGGGUGUCUGAUGAACCCAAUAAUCUACUUUGCUACCAAUGCUAAAUUUCGGGACGUAUGUCGUCACCUGUAUUGUUGCUGUUUUUACAGAAAGGUGGAGAAUGGAAUUGUGCCCAAGAAGGUAAAGGCGUAUGACGAAGUUACUAAGGAUGGUGUAUAUGUUGGAAGAGGUACUCUAAGCGUUAUUGAUGACCCCUCUAUGUUUUAAUAGCCUCACUGAACAACAAUUAAGAAGAGUGUUUCGUCAACUAAACCUAUAAAAAGAAAACUAUUUCAUCUCGGCCGAGUUAGUUGCGAGAUUAUGUUGUGUUGUUCUUAAUGUUAAACGUCCGCUUCCACCGAAGAUGAUAUCGCAGACAAGUCUUAUUUUUCAUUUUUAUUAUCUUGGCGCACGCGCCCUUAGAGGGUCUUUCCUGUGGGAGGAAACCGAAGUACCCGGAGUAAACCCACGAGGUUGAGAAGGCGCCCCUAUCUCCAAGCCACAUACGCUCACACUAGGGAUCAAAACUACACCCGCAAGCCAGAGGUGACCUGUCAGCUAGAGGUCGAAGCGCGGCACU